UAUUGAUUAAUGCUUUGCAAGCAUUAUUGCAAUACUAUUUCUCUCUCUUCGUUACAUUCUGAAACUCCAAUCACUCACUGAUUAAUUUGCUGUUGUUGUUAUCUGUAUCAUAUCAUGGCUGAAGCACUUGUGGUUGGAGCUUUAGUUUCUGGCUUCGCCAACGUCGUUCUUGACCGGCUCAUUUCUUCUGAGUUUGUCAACUUGGUGGUGGGCAAGAAGCUGGAUGGGAAGUUGGUUGACAGGCUGAAGAUUGCUAUCUUGGCUGCUAAAGCUCUGGCUGCUGACGCUGAGCAGAAGCAGUUUGGAAACGAACUCGUCAGGGAAUGGCUUGAUAGUCUCAGGGAUGCUCUCUACACUGCUGAUGACUUGCUGGACCGUGUCUGCACCAAAGCUCAAAUUCGCAGCAAGGUACUUCCUUGAUCUGUCUAGUAGGGAGAUGGUGACUAAGAUAGAAGAGGUGGUUGAAAGAAUAGAAGAUCUUGAGAAACGCAAAGAUACCCUUGGUCUCAAAGACAUUCCAACGGAUAGCUCCUCAUGGAGACCUCCAUCCACUUCUCUUGUGAAGGGGAAUGUGAUAGGCAGGGAUGGUGACCAACAGGCACUAAUCAAGAUGCUCAAUGACAACAAUCAUCAUAGCUUGUCCGUCAUCUCUAUUCUUGGUAUGGGCGGGGUUGGUAAAACUACUUUAGCACAAUGGCUCUACAACAAUCAGGAUUUGAUGGACGGGGUUGAUCUGAAAGCAUGGAUUUGUGUUUCUGAAAAUUUUGAUGUUGUUGAGACUACAAAAAAUGUUAUAAAGGGGAUCUCUUCGGGUGUUUGUAGUCUUGACAGCUUUGAUUUACUUCAACAAGAUUUGAAGGAUAAACUGUCACAAAAGAAGUUCUUCGUUGUCUUGGACGAUGUAUGGAGCGAAGAUGCUGAUAAGUGGAAUAGUUUUAUCACCCCUUUUCAACAUGGGAGUAAGGGAAGCACUAUUCUUCUAACUACCCGCAAGGAAAAUGUUGGUCCAACAGCCCAAAAUUAUAACUCUUACUCUCUCAAGGGACUGUCAGAUGAUUAUUGUUGGUCUAUUUUUGCGUACAAUGCAUCCUUUCCUGAAUCAAAUGGGAGUUCAGAACUUGAAGGAAUUGGUAGAAAGAUUGUCGAGAGGUGUGAUGGCUUGCCAUUAGCUGCAGAAACACUUGGACACUUGUUGCGCUCAGAGCAUCGUGUUGAAGAAUGGAAUAAGAUACUAUUCAAUGACAUUUGGGAAUUUCCUGUGGCAAAUUGUAAGAUUGUUCCUGCAUUGUUAAUAAGUUACUAUCAUCUGCCUGCUCAUUUAAAACACUGCUUUGUUUAUUGUUCAUUGUAUCCCAAAGAUCAUAAAUUUGAUAAAGAUGAAUUAAUCUUGUUGUGGAUGGCUGAAGAUCUUUUACGACCACCAAGGAAGGGAGAGACUUUAGAAGAAGUUGGUUGCGAGUGUUUUGAGGACUUGGCUUCAAGACUAUUUUUCAAGCAGGACACGAUUAAUGGGAAAUAUUUUGUGAUGCAUGAUCUCAUGCAUGACUUGGCAACAUUUCUUGCUGGAGAUCUUUAUUGUAGAUACUCAGAACUCGGUGAAAAUGAAGAGAUGAGAAUUCUAACUCGUCAUUUGUCAUACGAUCAUUCAAUCCCGGAGAAAAUAUGCUCCUCUCGUAAAAUAGAAUCUUUGAGGACAUUAUUGUAUAUCAAUGGUUGGAAAGUACAGGCAGUGUUACCAUGUGAUAUAUUGUCAAAGAAUAUAUACUUAAGAGUUUUGUCCUUUGGUAGACUCGAUAUAUUUCCUGAUUCAAUAGAUAAAUUGAUCCAAUUGCGCUAUUUGGAUCUUUCUAAGAGUUGUAUUAAGGUAUUGCCGCAGUCAUUAUGCAACUUGUGCAAUCUACAAACUUUAAAGUUAGAAGAUUGUGCAAUGUUGACUAUGCUGCCCAAUGGCAUGUAUAAGCUUGUGAAUUUGCGGCAUCUUGAUAUAAGAGGUACUCGUCUGAAAGAAAUGCCAAAAGGAAUGGGCAAAUUAAAACAGUUGCACAUUUUAAGUUACUACUUCGUAGGCAAGUCUAAAGACAACGGAAUCCAAGAGUUAGGAGGGCUUUUAAAUCUUCAUGCAUCACUUGAGAUUCGGAAAUUGGAGAAUGUGGUUGAUGCCAAUGAGGCAAGGAAUGCAAGGAUAAUAGAUAAGAAGCACAUUGACGAGUUAUUGUUGAAAUGGUCUUCAGGUGAUGAUAUGGUUUCAAACACACAUAGUGAUGAACAAGACAUACUCCAGGGCUUGCAACCGCACCGUGUCUUGAAAGUGUUAGAAAUUGAUGGAUACAAAGGUAAAAUAUUUCCAGAUUGGAUGGGGCAUUCCUUGUACCAAAACAUGACAAGUGUAUCUCUCAAGUCUUGCAAGAAUUGCUGCAUGCUGCCUUCACUUGGACAGCUGCCUUCUCUUAAGUCCCUGUGCAUCGAAAGUUUUAAUGAGCUGAAGAGCAUUGGCAAGGAGUUUUACAAGAAUGAAGGCGAUCAACAUUCUUCGCCUAUUGCACCGUUUCCCUCACUGAAGCGUUUGCAGUUUCACAACAUGCCAUGUUGGGAGGAGUGGCACUUACCUGAGUCAGAAGCCUUUCCACAGCUUAAUAGCCUACAAAUAAGAGAGUGUCCAAUGUUAAAGGGAGAUAUGGUUAAUCAGGUAUUAAUGAGAAUUGUUUCUUCCUCGUCGAAUGUUUCCAAAGUGCGCCAACUGGAAAUACGAGAAGAACUCGAAAUACGAGAAGGACUGCAUCAAAAGAUGACACUUGAUCGGGAUAGUUUAUCAAUUAGUAUAUUUAAAUCUGUGGUAUCCUUAGGGGGAAAUUGUUUACCCAAAUCUUUGCAAACGCUCAAAAUCCGGGGCAGACAAAUUGAAUUACCCCAGCAACAACAGAAGUAUGAUUUGGUAGAUCUACAAAUAUAUGAAAGCUGUGAUUCACUGACCUCAUUGUCGUUGGAUGCUUUUCCCAAUCUCGAGAAUCUGGAGAUAAUAGAGUGUUCAAAUCUGGAAUCAGUUUCAAUGUCAGAGCCACCACACGCUGCUCUUCAACGUCUCACCAUCUCUAACUGCCCCCAAUUUGUGUCAUUUCCCCAAGAAGGACUGGCUACACCCAACCUGACUGAUCUCGAUGUUAACCGGUGCUCGAAGUUGGAGGCAUUGCCACGUGACAUGAAUAGUCUUCUCCCAAAUUUACAGUAUCUUGACAUACGAGGUUGCCCAAACAUUUGUAGGUUGCCAGAUGGUGGUUUGCCGCCUAACCUGAAAGAGCUUGUUGUAGGAGAUUGCGAGGAACAAGAGAGGGGUCUAUCAUGGUUGGGCAACUUGGACAACCUCACUCAUCUUUUCAUUGAUGGUUCUAACUGUGAGAUUAUAAUAAAGUCAUACCCAGAGGUGGGUUGGCUGCCUCGCCUUCCCUCCCUUACCACUCUACAUAUCCAAGACGUUUUCACUCUGGAGACAUUGGACUGCAAUGAGCUUCUCCGCCUCACCUCCCUUCAACAAUUGCACAUUGAGAACUGUUGGAGGCUGGAGAAUAUGGAAGGAGAAAAGCUCCCUCCCUCUCUCUUAAUACUCGAAAUUGACUGCUGUGGUUUGCUGGGCAAACACAUCGAGAACAAGCAUCGACGAAUUUGGCCCAAAAUUUCCCACAUCCCCACCAUAUCAUUGAAUAAGAGGAUUCUGGAUUCGAAUACGCUGGAGUUGUCAAAAGCAGAGGGAAGCAUUGAGGAGUGCGCUUUUUCCAAAUUCUGGAAGUCUGUUAAGCAGCACUUUUGAGCCUCAUCAUCAUGUUAAGAAUGAACAAUGGGAUGAAGAGAAUCUUGACAGAGAAGGUGAGGAGUACUACCCUUCAGAUACUGUUGAUGGGUAUCCAGAUGUUGAUUUGCGUAGUCCUUUAAUGUCCACUUGUGGCAGUAGUAUGUUCAACAUUCUCUGUGUGAAGGUCCGGUGAUGGCGAGGGAGGGAUUGGUGGUGCCCGGCAGAUAGCAUGGAAAUGGUCGGAAAAAGGAGGAUGAUUUAAAAGAGUUUUAUUUGCUGGCCAUUUUAGCCAAACUGCUCUUUAUUCCAAGCAAACAGUUGGAUCCGCAAUGGUUCAUCCAUCUCAGGCUGCUUCAAAGGGUCCAAUUUGGAAAGAUCUCACUGAACCUGGGGUUAAGCAUGCGUUGAUUGUUGAGAUUGGGAUACAAAUUCUUCAGCAGUUUGCAGGGAUAAAGGGUUCUGUAUUACACUCCUCAAAUUCUUGAAGAGGCAGGAGUUGAAAUUCUUCUUAAAGAUAUUGGCAUUAGCACCAAAUCUACAUCAUUCCUAAUCAAUGAUGUCACAACCUUGUUGAUGCUUCCUAGUAUAACUUUAGCUCAUAGAUAUCUUUGGAAGAAGCAAAUGGUAAUCUUCCCAUGUUUCCAAUAUGUGAUUGGACAUAGACAAAGCAGAGGCAAACUAACAGAAUUUGUGUAUUUCUGUUAUCAUUACAACAACACGCUGGAGUUGCCAAAAUUUAACCCUUCAAAUUGGCCACUAUACUAAGCUACAUACUUGCAGCAUGAAAUGGAAGGCAACUACUACUCACCACGAUUCUUGUGUUGAUCGUCUCGCUUAUGCUUUUGGUUGUUGGAAACACCUUAGAGUUCAGCCUCAUCAUCAAUUUAAUUCUAAGUUCAUUUGAAGGGGUAAUUAAGCUGGAUUGAGGUUUUGGGAACCGAAAAAGUGUGUUUUCUGAUUUUGGCUUCAUGUUAUUGAAAAGCAAGCACAUGAUGGAGAAAGUUGGAGUGGCACUUAUUAUUGUUGUUGAGUCGGCUGUUGUGUUGCAAGAUUCAUAUGGGACAGUGAAAGGAAUCAGAAGGAUCAAGAUUUCCGAGGUGAUGCAGGUAUGUAGCUAAUACAGUCAAGAUUCAAACAUUAUGCUCUCCACAUUUGAAGAUGACAAUCAUGUACCUGAAAUGAUCAUUAUGAGAAGAAGAUCCACUGGGAAAGGGAAGUACAUUUGAGGUUUAGUAACCAACCAUAUCUAAAUUAUCUUCAUUCAAUCCAAAGUUCAACAGAAGAUGUGAUUUGUUUUAGCUUCAAGUUGUCACUAUAAAUCUGCAGUUGGAGAGUGGUCCAAUCUUGGUUGUGGCUAAAAUUUUGAUAGCAAGUUCUGGAUGUACUUGUUCAUUCUGAAUGGUUGGACGAUUAAGAUAAGAUUUGGAGGGUGAGAUAUGGCCUGCCACGCAAAGUAGCUGUGGUUUUGUAAAAUUUUCUUGUUUUUGGUUCCCAUUUAUACGCAUUGGUGCUUGGUUGUUUUGAUUUACUAUAAGCAUGAUUUGUGCACUCAUUUGAGAUUCUCUUGUAUCCUUACUUGAUUACAAUGGUACUUGUUUUUUGGUCUGAAUGAUCCGUAGUUUUUACCUCUCACAUGUCUUGUCCCAAUUUUUAUUUUUCUGUUUUCUGUUAUUUGUUGGCUGCCACUGUUUUGUGUAUUGUUACGCCAA